AUGCUCUCCCAAUUCGGCAUGGUAGUUGCAUCGAACAGCGUUGUUGCGGGAAUCGACCUCGCCGCCUUAUUGCCUCGAUGGUUCACUGUUAGGCGUGGUGGCUACUUCACCAUCAUCUUCGUCUUCGUCAUGCAACCAUGGUCAUUAAUCAACAGUGCGAGCAACUUCUUGACAGUUGUCGGCAGCUUCAAUGUGUUCCUCGGCCCGCUGAUGGGCAUUAUGUUUGCCGAUUAUUUCCUCAUCCGAAAGCGGACCAUCAAACUCACUGAUCUUUAUGGCGACUCACCGAGCAGUAUCUAUUGGUACAACAGGGGAUGGAAUCUCCGGGCCGUCGUGUCUUGGACACUCGGCGCCUGGAUGUUCAUUCCAGGCCUAGCUCAGCGAACUGUGGCACCAGAUGAGAUCUGGGCCGGGUGGACGAGGCUUUACCAAUUGUCGUGGUUUGUGGGGUGUCUCGUAUCAGGGCUGAUAUAUUUGGCGCUUCAUCAAUUCUGGCCUAUGCCGGAGGUGCUGACAGUGGACGACCUGGAUUAUUUUGGUACCUUUGGAGAUGCGCCAGUCCUGCGCGAGGUGGCUGAGCUACAUGACGGCUCAAUGAUUGGCUCAAUGUCCAAGACUGUGGGAGAAAAGCUAGGGCCAGACGAAAAGGCCCAGAUUGUCUAA